AUGAUACCUUCAGAAAAUGAAGAUUAGUUCUCUCCUAAUUCUCAGUUAAUUAUUUUAUUUAUAUUACAGACAUAAACAACAGUAAAACGACUCUAAUCAAAAGUAAAAAGAUUCCUAUAAAAAAUAUGCAGUUAUUGACUAAUCGAAAAGAGUGUUAUUGUUAAAAAAGAUUUUAUCAAAAGAAUCUACAAUUAAAGAAGCAGCAAAAGAAUUUGGAGUUAAUUUUAGUACAGCUAAAGCAAUUUUGCAGACUUAUAGAAAGGAAGGCCGGAUUGGUAAGAAGAAAACAAGAGAGAGAAACAAAAAAGAGAAAAGUGAGCCGGAAUUCAGUGUCUGCAGUUAAAGAAAAGUAUAAUCCAUGUACGAUCUUGAACGAGAAGUUUAGAUUCCCCAAAGAAGCUUUUCUCCUGAUUUAAAAGUAUUAAAUUUCAUCUCAAGUAGGCAUCUGACAAACAUAUUACAAAGAGUAUCUUAUAAUAGCAAUCCUUAUUGCUGAAUAGAUAAAAAAAUUAGCCACAACAAAUUAAUAGCAAUGAAGAACAAAAUGCUUAAAUUGCAUUGGCUGUCUGUCAAAGAGAAUUAGAAAAAUAAAAAUUAGUUAAUAUGCAAUUGGCAUUAAUGAUAUAAGUAAUCAAACCUAUUUAAAACCGUAGAAUUAUUAAAUCUGUGGAUUUCAGGCCAAAGUGCCAGAAGUAAAAGAAGAAGAUGAUAAAAUUAACUGA